AUGGUCAGGGCUCUCAUUGAUACAGGGGCGGAGGUCAACCUGGUGUCGGAAUCCGUUGUCCAGCGACUCCGGGCUGGUCGGCGAGCUGUGCGCAUGGAACUGGCGGGCACGGCGGAAACCUCGUCUCAGGUGGUGCGCGCCAUGACCACCCUUCGUCUGUCAUCUGCUCAGAGAGAAGUGUGCGAACUACCUCUUAAGGCGUUGGUGCUCCCGAGAUUGACGGCGUAUAAACCGCCACUCACGUCCAUACCCAGUAACUGGACGCACCUGGAGGGUCUGUCGCUUGCAGACGACGUCAAGGGCCUGUCUCGCAUUGACGCGGUUCUCGGGGCCGACAUCUACGCGAGUAUUAUAAGGCCUGAAGUGCAACGGGGUGAUGUUGACGCGCCCAUUGCUCAGUCCACCCGCCUAGGAUGGAUCCUGAUAGGCUCCUUGGGCGGGGAGUCCAGGACGGCUCGGGCCCACUGCCACGUGCUGCGGAGUUUAGACGACGAGCUCGGCUCCCAGCUGCGACGGUUCUGGGAAGUGGAGGAGUUGCCUCCCACUUCUACUCUGACUCAGGAAGAGUUGGCAUGCGAGGAGAAUUUUCGGGAAACGCAUCGCCGAAACAAGGAUGGGCGCUACCUAGUGCGCCUACCGCUGAGGGCGGACCCUCGCCUCGAGUUGGCCGACUCGGAGCGCGUAGCGCGGGCGGCACUCCCGCGUCUGGAGCGUCGUCUCGCUACCCAGCCGGAACUACGGGCUGCGUACAUCCAGUUUAUGGAUAAGUAUGAGCGGCUGGGACACAUAACUCCAGCUUAG